ACUCUUUGUGUAGUUAGUUGACGACACACAGGGUCAAAUCCGGUAGUGAUAUUUCACCUGAACCACCACCGUCGUUUCUCGAAAGCAACGAAACAUCUCGGCCAAUCGGGAAACCUGUUUCUGCUGUUGGUUCGAGCGACAGAUAUCAUUCCUACGUGCACGAGGAGAAUGGACUCUGUGGGAAUUUCGUUGUGUUUUCGAUGCUACGUUGUCCGAGCACACGUUCUGCGCGAGGUGCGUGUCAGGUCUGGCGUCGUUGUGUCGUAAGAUCCUUUCCCUUAAGACAACAGAAGGAAAACGACUUUGGUAGACUCGGAAUUUACGUGAAAUCUAUUUUAUUUUUAAUUCUCGUUACUAAAAGUGAGGAAAUUCCUAAGGAAAAUGUUCCACAGAAUCCGCUAUCAGACAUUGCCUCUCUUCUCGUUCCCGUUGCUCUUUAACCCCGAGCUCUCGAUAUUCUCGUUAUCGAACCUAUCCAAGUCAUCUUCGAUUUGCUUCCUGACGUUCUUCUCAUAGUCCUUUUCUUAAUCUUGGAGCUCAAAUGCACGUACAUACAACAACCGCCGCGCAUACACUCGCUAUGUUAUUCGCCAUUCUCACUCGUCAGCAGUUAAAUACCUACGUCUUAAAGAACGAGUGUAAAAUCACUCGAUAUUAAAACUCGAAAAGGUGGCCAGUGGAAAAGCGCUCGUUGUUUAUUUCUUUCAUAAUUAAUUUGUAAUCCUCCCCGACGAAGAGCAUCAGCAAGCAUAAGGAUUCUCGCCGACCUGCCGACUUUCCGGCCAGGGCGCAUUCGUCAGCUCGAAGGUGGGGAGGAUUGCGCACUGGUGGCGCCAUCGCAGCAGCGAUCCUCAGAAGAUUAGACUAGUCGCCUGUGAGCGCUUCAGGAACGGUACGUGCUCUCCCGGUUCUUGACGGCGGUUCUCCUCGAAAGUCGUACUGGUCGUACUUAAUCGCUUCGUAAUUUCAGUAACGCGGAAGACUUUAAGCUUCUCUCACGGUCUCAUAUGUUCGUAGUGUCGUACCAAAUUAACUCGUUACGCUUCCAGAAACAGUGUCAACUAGCUUCAAGCCAAUUCGAAAGAACGAUCGACACGCAAACCUUCCGUAACUUGUUACAGCACGCUGCUGCUGCCUUCUCGUUUGAAUACGUUUUUCUGUUCCUCUUUAUAGGUACUCUGUCGUUGCUCGUUUUCCUAAUGCGUUUAAUCCGUUUGACAAUCAAUAGUGCAUAUAACUUGACUGCAAGCUCUGUUAAAAUAUGUACUCCGUGACGUCGACGACAUUUCGUAUCUAUAGAUGUUGAUUAGUGAAUAAUAGUGAAUUGUGCAUCGUCCAUCCUAUAAAUAGAAGAAAACGAGUUAUUUUAAGUAGACGGUGAACACCGAUGUGAAUAUUGAUAAUAAUGAAAAUACGGCUACGUGAAACGAAUAACGGAAGAAAAAGUGUAAACAGACGGGGACGAAACCCGAAGUAGUGUGAUUGUCGAAUCGAAUCGGAAGAAAAAAUAGGACAGUGCAAUCGUAUCUACUGCUGAAUUAUGUCACAUCGACAACUGUCGCCCGCGUCUGUUGCCGGCGUAAAGAGUUCGCGUCGAAGAAACAACGUCCCUGGCUGGAAAUCUUGAAAACAUUCCGAGCAGGGGACGCUGCUGAUUCUCGUUUCGUCGGAUGUUCUCUAUUAGCAAUUUUUAUACUUUCGUCUCUUUGCUGCUCCUUCAAGGAAAAAAAACUGCACGAUCCGAUAGAGUGGAGAAAUUUGAAUUUAAGAACACGCCGAUGACGGAAGAAGGAAUGGAUGAUAGCAAAAAUAGAUUUCUACAAAUUUAAAAUAUUCAAAUAUGAAGAGAGGCUGCCUUGCCGACUGUUUCGCAGAUAAUCAGAAUCUCCAAGAAAAUGAAUCUCAGGAACGUGCUCCUGGUGAUCUCAUUAACUGCAACUUCGACGAGAUGCAUGUGUACCAGCGGAUAUACUGGUCAGAACUGCGAGAACGAGUACAUCCCUUGUGACCCGUCGCCAUGUCACAAUGGGGGUUCCUGCCGUGAGGUGGACCAGCUGGACUACGAAUGCAUCUGCCCAGAAGGCUUUCGGGGUAACAAUUGCGAGGAGAACAUCGACGAUUGCCCCGGAAACCUCUGUCAGAACGGUGCGACGUGCAUGGACAGAGUGAACGAGUACUCGUGUCUCUGUCCAGCGGCGUUCACCGGGACGCAGUGCGAGCUGGACGUCGACGAGUGCUCCGUUAGGCCCUCGUUGUGCCACAACGGGGCGACCUGCACCAACUCUCACGGAAGUUACUCCUGCAUAUGCGUAAACGGCUGGACGGGACCGGACUGCAGCAUCAACAUCGACGACUGUGCAGGCGCGGCCUGCUUCAACGGGGCGACCUGCAUCGAUCGCGUUGGCAGCUUCUACUGUCAAUGCACCUACGGCAAGACAGGAUUACUCUGUCAUCUGGACGAUGCCUGCACCUCGAAUCCUUGUCAUCAAGGCGCCAUUUGCGACACGAGUCCGAUAAACGGGUCAUUCACUUGUUCCUGCGCGAGCGGCUACAAGGGUCUCGACUGUUCGGAGGACAUUGACGAGUGCGAACAAGGUUCUCCCUGCGAACACGACGGAAUCUGCGUGAACACGCCGGGCUCCUUCGCCUGCAACUGUACGCAAGGAUUCACUGGACCAAGGUGCGAGACCAACGUCAACGAGUGCGAAUCUCAUCCUUGCCAGAAUGACGGCUCCUGCCUUGACGACCCUGGGACAUUUCGUUGCGUCUGCAUGCCUGGAUUCACCGGAACCCAGUGCGAAAUCGACAUAGACGAGUGCGCGUCGAACCCAUGUCUGAACAGCGGAGUCUGCACCGACCUGAUAAACUCGUUCAAAUGCACGUGUGCCGAUGGAUUCGCGGGCUCCCACUGCCAGAUAAACAUCGACGACUGCGCCUCUUCGCCCUGCCAAAAUGGCGGAAACUGCCAGGACUCGAUAGCCAAGUACACCUGCGAGUGCCCGGCAGGUUUCACCGGGGCGUCCUGCGAGACCAACAUCAACGACUGCCAAUCGAAUCCCUGUCACAGCGGGACUUGCAUCGACGGCGAGAACUCCUUCACGUGCAGCUGCUUCCCGGGAUUCACCGGGCAUCUCUGCCAGACACAGAUCGACGAGUGCGAGAGCAACCCGUGUCAGUUCGGCGGCCGAUGCGAGGAUCGCAUUAACGGGUACCAGUGUAUCUGCCGACCGGGCACUUCCGGCGUAAACUGCGAGGUCAACGUCAACGAGUGCUACAGCAAUCCAUGUAGGAACGGCGCUCGCUGCAUCGACGGCAUCAACAGAUACUCCUGCGAAUGCGAGCCAGGCUUCACCGGGCAAUACUGCGAGACGGACAUAAACGAGUGCGCGAGCAGCCCUUGCGCAAACGGCGGUCGCUGCAUCGACCUUAUUAACGGAUUCAGGUGCGAGUGUCCACGUGGCUACUAUGACGCGCGAUGCCUCAGCGACGUAAACGAAUGUGCGAGCAGUCCCUGCGUCCACGGCGGAAGCUGCGAGGACGGCGUCAACCAGUUCAUUUGUCACUGCUUGCCGGGAUACGGUGGCAAAAGGUGCGAGGCCGACAUCGACGAGUGCGGCUCGAAUCCCUGUCAGCACGGUGGAAUCUGCAACGAUCGACUGAACGGGUACAGCUGCCAGUGUCUGGCCGGUUACGCAGGCACCAACUGCGAGACCAAUAUCGACGACUGCGCCAACAAUCCUUGUCAAAAUGGCGGCUCCUGCAUCGAUCUCGUUAACGACUACAAGUGUGUCUGCGAGUUGCCUCACACCGGUAGGAACUGCGAGGACAAGCUGGACCCCUGCUCCCCCAACAAGUGUCUCCAUGGCGCCAAGUGCUCGCCCUCGUCAAAUUUCCUCGACUUUGCGUGCACCUGCACCGUUGGCUACACCGGCAGACUUUGCGACGAAGACGUCGACGAAUGCGUUAUAACUUCCCCUUGCAGAAACGGUGCGACCUGCCGCAACACCAACGGGUCUUAUCACUGCGUCUGCGCAAAGGGUUACGAGGGACGCGAUUGCAUCAUCAACACCGACGACUGUGCCUCCUUUCCCUGCCAAAACGGUGGCACCUGUCUCGAUGGAAUCGGCGACUAUACCUGCCUGUGCGUCGACGGUUUCAGCGGCAAGCACUGCGAAGUCGACGUGGACGAGUGCCUCUCGGCACCCUGUCAGAAUGGCGCAAUUUGCAAGGAAUACGUGAAUUCGUACACGUGCCAGUGUCAACUCGGCUUCUCGGGCAUCAACUGUCAGACCAACGACGAGGACUGCACCGUAAGCAGCUGCAUGAACGGCGGCAAGUGCAUCGACGGUAUAAACAAUUACACGUGCGUUUGCAAGCCGGGAUAUACAGGCUCGAACUGUCAGUAUCGAAUAAACGAGUGCGAUUCGGCGCCGUGCCUUAACAGCGCGACCUGUCACGAUCACGUUAAGUACUACACGUGUCACUGUCCUUACGGCUACACGGGAAAACAGUGCGACAAGUACGUCGACUGGUGCGCCGAGAAUCCCUGUGAGAACCAGGCGACCUGUGUUCAGCUCAAGAACAAGUACCACUGCAACUGCUCCCCCGGCUGGACCGGGAAAGUUUGCGACGUUGAGAUGGUUUCGUGUAAGGACGCCGCCAUCCGCAAGCAGCUUCCUGAGAAACAGCUCUGCAAUAACGGGACUUGCGAGGACAUUGGCAACAGUCAUCGAUGUCAUUGCGCGGAAGGUUACGCGGGAUCGUACUGUCAGGAGGAGAUCAACGAAUGCGACUCGGCACCAUGUCAGAAUGGAGCCAGCUGCAAGGAUCUCGUGGGCUCUUAUCAGUGCCAGUGCACCGAGGGCUUCCAGGGACAGAACUGCGAGCUCAAUGUCGACGAUUGCCGGCCGAAUCCCUGUCAGAAUGGCGGUACCUGUCACGAUCUCGUGAACAACUACAGUUGCUCCUGUCCGCCGGGCACCCUCGGAUUCAUCUGCGAGAUUAACGUAGACGAUUGCGUCCUCGACGCCUGCCAUAACAAUGGCACGUGCACCGACAAAGUCGGAGGUUUCGAGUGCAACUGCCCUCCCGGUUUCGUCGGGCCCCGAUGCGAAGGUGACAUCAACGAGUGCCUCUCGAAUCCCUGCGCCACGCCGGGCACUCAGGACUGCGUCCAGCUUGUAAACAAUUAUCAUUGCAACUGCAAGCCCGGUUAUAUGGGUAGGCAUUGCGAGCUCAAGGUCAACUUUUGCGACAGUUCGCCUUGUCAAAACGGCGGCGUGUGCACAGCGCGGCAGGCCGGACACAGCUGUCUCUGUCCCAGCGAUUAUUAUGGGGCAAAUUGCGAGUUUGCCGGAUCCUAUUGUGACGCCGAGCCUUGCCUCAAUGGUGGCUCCUGUCGCGUUGCUCCAGAUGCCGAGGUUGGUUAUCGGUGUCAUUGCCCGCCUGGUACUGCUGGCACCCAUUGCGAGAUUGACGCUCGCGAUGAAUGUGACAGCAACCCCUGUCAACAAUCGGAUGCAAUAUGUGAAAAUCUCCUGGGCGAUUACGCUUGCUACUGUCCCCCCAAGUGGACCGGGAAAAACUGCGAGAUCUAUGAUCCGAAUUACCGUGGAGGCAUUUUCGGGCGUCCGCCCGGGGCCACCCUGAAUCAUCCAUCGAAAAAUCCCAUCAACACCUACGAUCUCGAUCUCGAGCGGGAACGCAAUAAAUGCAUCGAGAAUCGCUGCGAUGAAAAAUCAGGAAAUCACCAUUGUGACGAGGAAUGCAAUCGCUAUGCGUGCAAUUUUGACGGAAAUGACUGCUCUCUUGGAAUUAAUCCAUGGCGCAAUUGUACUGCCCCGAUCAACUGCUGGGACGUCUUCAUGAACGACGUCUGCGACGAAGUCUGCAAUAACGCGCAAUGCCUCUUUGACGGAAGGGACUGCGAGAAGAAGCUGGCCCCUUGCAACCCAAUUUACGACGCUUACUGUCGUAAGCACUACGCCAACGGACACUGCGAUUAUGGAUGCAACAACGAAGAAUGCAACUGGGAUGGACUGGACUGCGAGGGCGAACCACCGUCCCUCGCGGAGGGCGUCAUCUCCGUGAUGGUGCGAAUGGACAUGCAGAGCUUUCGCUCGAACGUAGUGCCGUUUUUGCGGGACAUCGGUCACGAACUUCGUACAACGCUCCGCGUGAAGCAGGACGAACUCGGAAAUGACAUGAUAUAUCCCUGGAAAAGCAGCGUCGAGUCUGGACAUCAGACAAACAUUUUCGGAAAACCCACGACCAUCUACACGGAUAGCCACAACGGCAUAAUCGCAUACCUGGAGAUAGACAACCGGAAGUGUACGGUUACUCAGGGAUCGGUGUGCUUCCCGUCGGCGACCGAGGCGGCCGAAUAUCUUGCCGCAACAGCCUCGAAACAUACACUCUCGCGAAAUUUCCCGAUCGAACGAGUGCAGGGUGUCGUAGGGCCCCAGGGUCCGGAAUAUCCCGAUACACCCACCAACUACAAAUACGUCUUUAUCGGAGUUGUGAUAGUUAUCCUGGGAGGAAUGCUCGUCGGUGUCCUCGUUACCGCACAGCGAAAGCGAGCUGUCGGCGUGACCUGGUUUCCCGAAGGCUUCCUAAGGACGAGCAGCGGAAGUGGGCAACGACGAAGAUCGCGUAGGCGCGGACCCGACGGUCAGGAGAUGCGCAACCUAAACAAACAGCCGUCAUCCGUUAAUUGCAUGGAAAUGGAAGUGGGUAACGGUCGUGCUGUUCAGCAGUGGUCCGACGACGAGUCUGAACUGCCCCCAUCGAAAAGAAUGCGUCCAAUCGAACCGACGGGCUACGCUAGUGACCACACAGCCAUCACCGACUACGAGGAAACGGAGCCGCCGGGAGCAGCGCGGAUGUGGACCCAGCAGCAUCUCGACGCUGCAGAGAUUCGAGGACGACCAGACGCUGGCGGCGUGUUGACACCUCCGAGUCUCGAACAUGGCCAGGAUGUCGAUGCUCGUGGACCGUGCGGCAUGACACCUCUGAUGGUCGCAGCCGUACGUGGCGGUGGCCUUGACACGGGCGAGGAGGAGGAUGAGUCGGAUGGGACGGCCGCCGUGAUUGCUGACCUCGUUGCCCAGGGUGCCGAUCUCAAUGCCACGACAGACAAAAGCGGCGAGACUUCACUUCACCUAGCAGCGCGAUUCGCCAGAGCUGAUGCCACCAAGAGGCUUCUCGAUGCGGGCGCCGAUGCAAACUCCCAGGACAACACAGGACGGACUCCACUUCACUCGGCCGUGGCCGCCGAUGCUAUGGGCGUCUUUCAAAUACUCUUGCGGAAUCGCGCAACCAAUCUCAAUGCCCGCAUGCACGACGGAACGACGCCUCUCAUUCUCGCGGCUCGCCUCGCCACGGAGCGCAUGGUCGAGGAUCUUAUAAAUGCCGAUGCCGAUAUCAAUGCUGCGGAUAACAGCGGUAAGACUGCUCUUCACUGGGCUGCCGCCGUGAACAACGUCGACGCAGUAAACAUAC